GCCGUGCAAAAGAGGGAAGGGACGAAGAGGGGAGGAUAUAAAGUUCUGUUGCGCAAAGUGACAGUGUUCAUUCACAGGCACAAGCUUAUAGUCGAGCGUCGAGUUGCUUAUCAGUUUCGUUUGCCCGCAGCUCAUUCCAAGUAAAGAUGGCUGCUAGGUUGGAUUUUAUAAUCUUCGGUGCUACCGGCUUUACUGGUCAGUACACUGUUCAGGAAUUAAUCAGGAUUUCUGAACAAAAGCCAUGCACAUGGGGAGUAGCAGGGAGAAACAAAGAGAAACUCAAUACUUUACUGAAGACAGUUGGGAAGAAAGUGGGUAAAGAUUUGUCAUCUGUUGAAGUUUUUAUUGCUGACGUUGAUGAUGCUAAGUCUUUGGAGUCAAUGGCAUCCCGGGCGAAGGUGGUAAUGAACUGUUGUGGCCCAUACCGUCAUUGGGGGGAGCAAGUUGUCAAAGCUUGUAUUGCUGGUGGUGCUAGUCAUGUGGAUGUUAGUGGUGAACCUCAGUAUAUGGAGCAAAUGCAGUUAGAAUAUCAUGAUGCAGCACAUCAAAAGGGAGUUUACAUUGUCAGUGCCUGUGGAUUUGACAGCAUCCCUGAUGAUUUGGGCUUGGUGUUCCUUCAGAACCAAUUCAAAGGUGACCUGAAUUCUGCAGAAGCCUACAUUGAUGGGAAAAUAGAGGGACCUGUUUCCGGUGCUACACUUCAUUAUGGAACAUAUGAAUCUGCUGUUUACGGAGUAACCCACAGAAAUGAGCUUAGAUCCCUGCGUCAAAAGCUUUAUCCAACACGGCUCCCCAAGCUGACACCUGUUCUGAAACCACGUGGUGUUUUGUUCAAGAGUGAAGUUCUCAAUAAGUGGUGUUUGCCAUUUUUGGGAGCUGAUCGCGCCGUAAUGAUGCGCUCUCAACGCUUCUUUUAUGAAGUUGAUAAGAAGCGUCCAGCUCAAGUGCAUACCUACAUAUCUAUGCCAUCUCUUCUCAGUGCUAUUGGUACAAUUCUCUUUGGGAUAAUAUUUGCAACAUUUUGCCAGUUUUCUUGGAGUCGUAAAUUACUUCUCAAGCACCCAAAAUUUUUCACAGCUGGAUUAGCUAGUCAUGAAGGACCCUCUGAAGAAACUAUGAACAACACUCUAUUUUCUGUCACCUUGGUUGGUAAGGGCUGGGAAGAGAAGGCUGCUCAACCUCUAGAUGCUCAUGAUGGACCACCAACAAAGGAAAUUACUGUCAAAGUCAGUGGUAGAAAUCCUGGCUACGGAGCCACUUGCACAACUUUGAUCAUGUCUGCAUUUAUGAUUCUUCAUGAAUCUGAUAAAAUGCCAUCUCGUGGUGGAGUUUAUUCACCUGGUGCGGCAUUUGCGAAAACUUCCAUUAUAAGUGAACUGCACAAAAAUGGACUCACAUUUGAUGUUAUUUCUUAAUCAGCCAACACAGACCAUACCGUUGUAAGACUGAUUGGCAUUUUUUAGUAUUUAAUCAAAAGUUUAUAAAAUAGACUUACUUUUAAGAUGAAUUAGUUGUUAUAAUCCAAGUUCUAACAUGUUUAUAGGAUGUACCUACUGUGCACGGGAGGGUUUAAACUUUUAUAGCUACAAGCAGUAAUCAAGGGUGAUGCUCUACCUUUUAAAUAUUUUGUGUUACAUGUAAUUUAAAUAUUUUUUCUUGUUAGUGAACUAGGUGUUUUAAAAGAAACAUUAAAAUUUUUAUGUAAGAGA